GUGGAAACUGAGUAUGCCACACAUUUUCACAUGCUGAUUAGCACAAUAAAUUCACAGUAUUUUCUUACAACAUGCAAAGCACUGGCAAUGAGACAACACAACUGCUGCAAUGGAUACGCAAAUCGGUGUCAAGUCCGCGCUGGCAUGGAUUGCAGGAUCUAGCCAAUGGCGUUGUCUGGUGUCGCCUGAUGGCCAAAGUGUUGCCCGGCUCCAUUGCGAGUGUGCUGAUCAUACAUCGGCCGGCGAAUGAACGCGAUUCCAUGCACAAUUAUAUGCUGUUGCAGGGCGCGUUUAGAAAGUUGAAUAUAGCCUGGUAUUUCGAUACACACCAAUUGAUUGAUGGCAAUCAAACGGAGCUGCUUAAGUUGGGUCAAUCGAUGCUACGAUUGCGCGACGCUUGCAACAAUCAAUUGCGGGAGCAGCAGCAGCAGCAACAACAACAGCAGCAAAGAUCAAUGCAACGGGCAGGCCUAAGUUCACAACGAUUAUCACGUUUCGCAGCUGGUGAAUUCGAGAUGCCACAACAAUUGUCCGGGCUGCAGGAAUCAAUUGCUGGCACGAUGGAUGCGCCAGUGGAAUCGGAGCAGCAACAGCAACUCUCAAUUGUUGCCGAGCAACAGCAGCAGCCACAGCAGCCAACGCAACAGGCGCAAUUGAAACAACAAAUCGAAACACUCUACCACAAACAACAGCUGGCAAUGGCAGCCUCUUUGGCUGUUCCUGCCACUGACAUUGAUCCUUUUGCUGCUGUUGCCAGACCAGCAGCCAUUGCUCUGUGCCUUUGCAGCAAGUGUAUAAGCAAUAGACAGCAAUUGGAUAACAGUAUAAACAAUUGAUGAAGGUCUGAGUUGCAUGAAAUGAGUUUCAAAAUUAAUGAUGCAAAUAUUAGAAAAUAUGUGUGGUUACUUGUAAUUUAGUUGUACAAAUAAAUUCAACAUAAUAUUCGAUGAAUAAAGAGAAU